UCGAUCCUUCCUAAAGUUAUUAGCGCUGGGGAUGCUGUCAUCAGGAUUCUCUUGCACAAAGAGAAAGAUAUAAAAACAUCUCUCCGACUCGUGAGUUUCCUCCCUUUCCCAUGCCUUUGCCAGGAAUGUCAGAAAAGGAUCCCAGGCCGAUUGGAGGCGUUAGGUCGUCAGUUUGACUCCCAGUGGUGGACAAAGAAAGGUGGGUAAUAAACAGCUAACGGUGGGGAAAAAGGGAACUCAAGGAGACGUGAGAACUGUUCGUUUCACCCUGGACAUUUCCUCAAAGCUAGUUCAUUUGAAAAGCCUCAGUAGCUGCAGGACCUAGCCUGGAGCUGAUGAAUUUCCUCUCUGAUUCUUGCUCUUGACCCCUGAGAGCUGGCAAAGGGAAGCUUCUGGACUUUAAGGGACAUGGAUCUUGGUUGAAGUCUCCAUAGGAAAACCUACAAGUGUAGAAAUCAUCUUGGUAUCACUACUGCCUCUCCACCAAGGUUUGGGCUGCUUUCCUUCCAAUAUCACACAUCCUAAGUGAGGUUUGGAGCUGAAACGCCUUUGGUCCAGCUGCUGCUUUAAGACUUUCUGGUGCAAAAAUAGAAAGUGUCAGUGGUAGUCUUCUUCCUGGCAGUGAAGAUGCCCUGAGAGGGGAUUUAUGGCAGCUUCACUCUCUGAAGGCUCUGUCUUUAGUCAGAUAAGAAACGCAGAAUCUCUCCAAAUGUCGUCCAGUAAUGACCAAGUUUCUAUCCCGAUGUCACAAAGAAACACCAAUGGCCUCCCCAAGAAGACUCCCAAGGGCGUGAAGGCAUUUACUGAAGGAGCUGUGUUGUCUUUUCAUAACAUCUGCUAUCGAGUAAAAGAGAAGAGUGGCUUUCUACUUUGUCGAAAAACAGUUGAGAAAGAAAUACUAUCUAAUAUCAAUGGGAUCAUGAGACCUGGCCUCAACGCCAUUCUGGGACCCACAGGCGGCGGCAAAUCUUCAUUGUUAGACGUCUUAGCUGCAAGGAAAGAUCCACAUGGAUUGUCUGGAGAUGUUUUGAUAAAUGGAGCAACUCGACCUGCCAAUUUCAAAUGUAGUUCAGGUUAUGUGGUACAAGAUGAUGUCGUGAUGGGAACCCUGACAGUGAGAGAAAAUUUACAGUUCUCAGCAGCUCUUCGGCUCCCAACAACUAUGAGGAAUCAUGAAAAAAAUGAACGGAUUAACAGGAUCAUUCAAGAGUUAGGUCUGGAAAAAGUGGCAGAUUCAAAGAUUGGAACUCAGUUUAUCCGUGGUGUGUCUGGAGGAGAAAGAAAAAGGACGAGUAUUGGAAUGGAGCUUAUAACUGAUCCAUCCAUCUUGUUCCUGGAUGAGCCCACAACUGGCUUAGACUCGAGCACAGCAAAUGCUGUCCUUUUGCUCCUGAAGAGGAUGUCUAAACAGGGACGAACGAUCAUCUUCUCCAUUCAUCAGCCUCGUUAUUCCAUCUUCAAGUUGUUUGACAGCCUCACCUUGCUGGCCUCGGGAAAACUAAUGUUCCAUGGGCCUGCUCAAGAGGCCUUGGGGUACUUUGCAUCAGCUGGUUACCAUUGUGAGCCCUAUAAUAACCCUGCAGACUUCUUCCUGGAUGUCAUUAAUGGAGACUCUUCUGCUGUGUUAUUAAACAGAGAGGACCCAGAAGGUGAAGCCAGGGAGACUGAAGAGCCUUCCCAGAGAGAUUUGUCUCUCUUAGAAAAAUUAGCUGAGUUUUAUGGCAACUCUACCUUCUUCAGAGAAACGAAAGCUGAGUUAGAUCAACUCUCAGGGGCUCAGAAAAGCAAGAAGAGCAUAGCCUUCAAGGAGAUCACCUAUGUCUCCUCCUUCUUUCAUCAACUCAAAUGGAUUUCCAAGCGUUCAUUCAAAAACCUACUGGGCAAUCCCCAGGCCUCUAUAGCUCAGAUAAUUAUAACAGCCAUCCUGGGACUGGUUAUAGGUGCCAUUUUCUAUGAUCUAAAAAUGGACUCUGCAGGAAUCCAGAAUAGAGCUGGGGUGCUCUUCUUCCUGACGACCAACCAGUGUUUCAGCAGCGUGUCGGCCGUGGAGCUCUUCGUGGUGGAGAAGAAGCUCUUCAUACAUGAAUACAUCAGUGGAUACUACAGAGUGUCGUCUUAUUUCCUUGGAAAACUGUUAUCUGAUUUACUGCCCAUGAGGAUGUUACCAAGUAUCAUAUUUACUUGUAUAACAUACUUCUUGUUAGGACUGAAACCAAAGGUGGAGGCUUUCUUCAUCAUGAUGUUUACCCUUAUGAUGGUGGCUUAUUCCGCCAGUUCUAUGGCACUGGCUAUAGCAGCAGGUCAGAGUGUGGUAUCCAUCGCAACACUUCUCAUGACCAUCUGUUUUGUCUUUAUGAUGAUAUUUUCAGGGCUGUUGGUAAAUCUCAGAACUGUUGUGGCUUGGCUCUCGUGGCUUCAGUACUUCAGCAUUCCUCGAUAUGGCUAUGCAGCUUUGCAGCAUAACGAAUUUUUGGGACAAAACUUCUGCCCAGGACUCAAUGUAACAGCAAAUGAUACCUGUAGCUAUGCAACAUGUACCGGUGAAGAGUUUUUGGAAAACCAGGGCAUCGAUCUGUCACCUUGGGGCCUGUGGAGGAAUCAUGUAGCCUUGGCAUGCAUGAUCGUCAUCUUCCUUACAAUUGCCUACCUAAAACUGUUGUUUCUUAAAAAAUAUUCUUAAAUUCUUCUUUAAUUUACACGAUCUAUCCACACAUUAAAAAGGGAGCACCUUGAUUUAUUAUUUUAAGUCUCCAGUGAAGUGUUGUUGUCGUCUUCUUUUCAUUUGCCAUCAUACUGUUGUUCAGCAAGAAUUAUUUUCAACGGAAACAUUCCUAGAAAUCACAGUGAACUGAAUUAUACAUGAAGGAGGCCAAGGCGUAAACUAGUGAUAUUAUGUCCUGCACAAUAAUAAAUAACGAAUGUAUAAGUGCUGUAGCGGAAGUAGAAAAAUCUAAACUAUGUUGAAAACACCCAGUGUUACUUAUAGGAUUAAAAAGCCAUUGUGAUAGAAAAAGCUUUGAUAAGCCUUUUAAGGUUACUAGAAUGUACUGUUUUUUCUCUCUAGUGGAAUAUGAGUAUCUCAGGGAUCUCGGCUGGACCUUUGGCCUGUUGGUGUAGAGGGCCUGGAGUCAGGUGACUUACCCUUUCUGGGUAGUUGAUGGUUUAUGACCUGGGUUGCAUCUGAGUCGCCUCAAAUACAGAUGUCGGGGCCCCUCGAGCCCUCCCACAUCGGUGUCCGCAGGGCUACCUCCGUAAAGAACUGUUCACACCGUAAUUUCCAACAUCCUUCCCAGCUCUGAAGAUUCUAGACUUAACUGUUAUAACUGGCUCCAUCAAGGUUUUCGUUUUCCCUACAUAUACAUCUCAUUUAUUGACACAUCUUGUCUUCAUUCUAACCUUUACCGGCAAUAGGGAAAUGUUUUUUUAACUUCUUUUUUAUUGAAGGGUGAUGUAGGGGAAAGUACAGUUCAAUGAACUAUCAUAAAAGGAACAGACCACGCGACCACCAAUCUGGGUCAAGAAAUAGGACAUUACCAGCGACGGCAGCCCCCUUGUGCCCUUCUCCCAAUCACUGCUUCCUGCCUUCUCUCUGGGUAUGUUUGAAAUGAUGCUUGUGUGCUCCCCUCUGUUGCUGUGUUAUCAGAACGUCACUACAGCAGUUUUGUGUUCUGUGUGCACAGGCACAUCCUUAAUUAAGUGUCCUCUCCUCCUUUUAAUAAACUUAAUUUUGGAAUAAUUUUAGCUUUAGAGAAAAGUUGCAAAGAUAAUGUGGAAAGUUCUCUAUAUACCCUUUGCCCAGCUUCCCUUAACGUUAACACUUUAUAUACCAUGGUGUAUGUCAAAACUUAAAAAUUAACAUUGGGACAUUACUGUUACUUAAAUCAUGCACUUUAUUCAGAUUUCACCACUUUUCCACUUUUAGUGUUCCAGGAUCGAGUUCAGGAGAUCACAUUGCAUUUAAUCCCCAUCUUAAAAGUAAAUCCUUCUCAGUCUUAUAGGAACUAAACGAGCUGAGGAUCUCCAGAAUAUAGACCCCGGUGACUGGUCGUCUUGGACUAGCAUCAGUGGCUGCCCUGCCAUAUUGUUGCACGGUCAAUCUGAGGACAUAGUAUUAUAUUUUUAUCUUUGAACUUUAAGGAACAUUUCUUUCUUUUUUUAUGACAUCUGAUUAAAGCCUCCUCUUGUAACACAUUAUCACACUCUCAUUUUACUUGAUUAUUAUGUGACCAUCAGGGUUAUUCAGCUGCUCUUGCUCUGGGUACAGUUCUUCCUUUUUUACGUAACCUCGCUCACAGUUCUCUGUCUACAUUCUGCCCUCAUUACCCGGAGAAAUAUAUGUCUACACUUUAUACACAAAUAUACUGAACAGAAGAAACAAAACAGCCCAAAAUAUUAAUAGUUUUAAAAUUAAGAAUUUAAAUACAUCGUAUUAUACAUAUCCUGCCUUUGUAUUACAAUUACCUUUUAAAUAAUUCUUUUAAAAUUAUGUUAAGAAACAUGUAAAAUUUACCAUCAUAACCAUUUUUAAGUUAAGGAACAUUUUUAAAAGUAUAAGUAAAAGCCUAAGUCCUAUAAAGUAGAAAAGAAAAUAUUCAUAAACAUUUACUUCAGAAUAUGUCUAUAUUCUUUUGAAUUUUGUUUUUAUUUUCUUUGACGUCAGAAGAACCAAUCUACUAUAAUGGAAAGGCUAAAUUGAUUACUUUGGUUUAAAAUAAAAGAAGCCUCAGGAAUCAAUGAAUGUUAGCUGCCAUCUGUACUCCUUCAGUUGCUCUCGUGGGCUCGCAAAGAAGCGUGCAAGAAGACUUGCUAUGGACGGCUCCUUGGCAUGCUGGGUCUGGUGGUGAGAAAGGAAGGAAAAGUGGGCAAGUUGAAGAGCGUUGUUGAAGAGGGGAGCGUACAUACUCAUCUGUUUCCCCAUCUUUGGAGCCGUCCUUCGUGGUCUUGAGAUUUGUAUUAACCUCAAUAUGAUCUACAUAUCUUUGAAAAAUAGCAUUACUUGUAUUUAGAGGACGUCUUUAGGCCACCCCAGUGCUUGCUCAGUGGGCCUCAGAACAGGCUAGUCGGGAUGGCAUGGAUGGAGACUAUUCAUGGUCCAACAGCUUGGGCUUUUAUCAACGUUGAUCGACUGACAGCCACUACUCAUGCCUGCGCUGUCAGCAGCAGCAGGGGCUCAUGCUGAGCUCUCCAUAUGGUCCAGUCCUUUGAGGAGACCAGCCAGCCACUUGGUGACAAGUUGAUAACACAGGAUAACUUUAUGAUUGUCCCUGAAGUCUGUGAGGAUCACUCUCUUGGGAUAUAAACCAUACCGGAAGCAUUAACUGUAUGGAAAUUCUGAAGUUUCUGUUUUAUUUUGCAUUCCCUUGUGGCAGAACUGUAUGUGGUAGAAAAUAUAUUUCAUAUUACAACCCAUUUCUUGUGUGCACACAGGCAUAAUAAAGUGAAGAUGUAAUCAAUAAAUAUUUUCAAAAAGUUA